UAGACACGUAUGUUACUGGGGUAGAAGCCAAUGAGGAAUAUUAGUGAAGAGGCGGCGGUAAUCGGAGGGUGUAGGCGCUGGUUCAUAGAAAUAUGCGGCUGUUUCAGAGGUGGCGAUCUCUCCGGCUCCGGUCCCUGCUCCCGGGGUUGCAAGCCUACAAGCUACAUACUUUGCGUGAGGUACCCAAAAGUUCCGAACCAUGGGACCCAGCCCAAGCAAAGCCCGAGACGUCCGUGGCGACCCCUCCUCAAUGGUUGGUGGAGCGGCUUGGCCUUUUUGAGGAGCUGUGGGCUGCUCAGGCAACGAGGCUAGCAAGCACUGCACAGAAUGAAGCCCGGACUAUUAAAGUGACUCUUCCUGGAGGCCAGAAAGUAAAUGGUGUGGCAUGGAGCACAACCCCUUACCAACUAGCCCGGCAGAUGAGUUUAACCCUGGCAGAUACUGCCCUGGCUGCUGAAGUGAAUGGAGAACCUUUUGACCUGGAGCGACCCUUGGAGACAGAUUCUGACCUCAGAUUUCUGACAUUCGAUUCCCCAGAAGGAAAAGCAGUGUUCUGGAACUCUAGUGCUCAUAUCCUGGGAGCAGCAGCUGAACAAUUCUUGGGUGCUGUUCUCUGCCGAGGUUUAAGUAUAGAACAUGGCUUUUACCAUGAUUUCUUCCUGGGAAAGGAGCGGACAGUUCAGGGCUCAGAGAUACCUAUUUUGGAGCAAAUUUGCCAGAGAAUUGCAGCUGAUGCACAGCCCUUCCGCAGGCUGGUGGCUUCCCAGGAUCAGCUGCGCCAGCUCUUUAAGGAUAAUCCCUUUAAACUUCGUCUGAUUGAGGAGAAAGUGACAAACCCAACAGCAACAGUGUAUGGGUGUAGCACGUCAAUUGACCUUUGCCAGGGGCCUCACCUUCGGCAUGCUGGACAGAUUGGCGUACUGAAGCUGCUCACGAGCUCCUCGGCCCUGUGGAGAUCUUCAUCGAGUCUAGAGGCACUGCAGAGAGUGUCUGGGAUUUCCUUCCCCACGGAGGAGUUGCUGAGGGCGUGGGAAGCACAGAGGGAGGAAGCAGGGUCUCGGGACCACAGGCGCAUUGGAAAGGAUCAGGAACUCUUCUUUUUCCAUGAAUUUAGCCCUGGAAGCUGCUUCUUCCUGCCACGUGGAACCAGGGUAUAUAAUGCCCUGGUGGCGUUCAUCAGGGCUCAGUAUGCCCGCCACGGUUUUUCAGAGGUGAAAACCCCCACACUGUUCUCUGCGAAACUGUGGGAACAGUCAGGACACUGGGAGCACUACAGGGAAGACAUAUUUACCCUGCAGCCCAAGGGCUCCAGCAGGCCCAUCAGCUCCCAGAGUGACCACUUUGCCAGGCCUCCCACAGAGACACUUGCUCUCAAGCCCAUGAACUGCCCUGCACACUGCCUGAUGUUCGCCCACCGGCCCAGAUCCUGGCGGGAGCUGCCUGUGCGACUAGCUGACUUCGGAGCCCUGCAUCGAGCUGAGGCCUCUGGCAGCCUGGGGGGACUGACUCGACUUUGGCGCUUCCAGCAAGAUGACGCUCACAUCUUCUGUGCACCUAAUCAGCUACAAGGAGAGAUUCGAGGCUGUCUUGAUUUCCUCCACUCUGUCUAUGCUGUUCUUGGCUUCUCCUUCCAUCUGUCACUGUCCACCCGGCCAAGUGGCUUCCUGGGGGAAUCUCACCUUUGGGACCAUGCUGAACAGGUCCUUCAGCAGGCCUUAGAGGAAUCUGGAAAACCCUGGGACCUUAAGCCUGGAGAUGGUGCCUUCUAUGGACCUAAGAUUGAUGCAUACCUCCAGGAUGCUCUGGGGCGGCCCCAUCAGUGUGGGACAAUCCAGUUGGACUUCCAGCUGCCCCUGAGAUUCAACCUCCAAUACAAGGGGCAGGCGGGAGCCCUAGAGCGCCCAGUCCUUAUCCACCGGGCAGUGCUGGGCUCUGUGGAGAGGCUAUUGGGAGUGCUGGCUGAAAGCUGUGGGGGGAAAUGGCCCCUGUGGCUGUCCCCGUUCCAAGUGGUGGUCAUCCCUGUGGGGACUGAGCAGGAGGAAUAUGCCAGGGAGAUACACCAGAGCCUGCAGGCCUCAGGACUGGCCAGUGACCUGGACACUGACUGGGGACUGACUCUCAGCCGGAAAGUCCGCCGUGCCCAGCUUGCUCACUACAAUUUCCAGUUUGUGAUUGGCCAGAAGGAGCAGAAUAAGAGAACAGUGAACAUACGGACUCGAGAUAAUCGCCAACUUGGGGAGCGGGACUUGACAGCAGCGGUGCAGCGGUUACUGGAGCUGCAGAAUGCCAGGGUCUCCAAUGCUGAAGAAGUUUUCUGAGCCUUUACUUGUGGAUGAGGCAAAGAGAUCUGUUAGAACCAUCAGUGUCUCCUAAUCCAACCCAAGUGACAGUCCAAGAGCCUCAGAACUGCAUAUAUGUACUCCCCUGAAGAGACUUUGUUUCGGGCCUACCAAGGGAAGGAAACUGUGUUUGGAUAUAAAGAGUAAAAUGAAAAAAUAAAUUGGAAGCUGUGGGGUA